AUGUGCUACAUUAGAGGACGUUACCAAAUAGUUUUACCGUUUGCAACAACAGGCUUUGCUGCUAUUCUUUUAAAAGGGGGUAGAACAAUACAUAGUGGAUUUAAAUUACCUAUUCCGAUUGUUGAUAACUCUGUAUCUCGCAUGAGUCUUCAUUCCCCUGAUGCUACUGUUAUCAAAAGGUCCAAAUUAAUUAUUAUCGACGAAGCCACAAUGAUGACUAAAUACGCUUUACGCUGUAUCGAUAGAUUACAAAAUAUAAUGCAAACACAGUUCCCAUUCGGUGGUAAAAUUAUAUUAUUGGGCGGCGAUUUUAGGCAAACUUUACUUGUCAUUCCAAACAGUUCAAAAGCAGAUAUUAUAGAAUUGUGUCUUAAGUCUUCUGAUAUAUGGGUUUAUUUUAAAGUUAUCCACCUGAAUGAAUAUAUGCGGUUAUCUUCUGAAGAUGUUGAGUAUAAUUCCUGGCUUUAG